CACCAGACUCCCCGUCCGGAUCCCACGCUCCUCCCCUCCCAGACCCCCAGAUCCGUGGGUUCCCACCCCCUCGCGUUCCCUCCUUCCUCCCCCGCCACCUCCUGUAUCUCCAUCCCCAGCAUCCUCCCCGCGCCCCUGCUAAUACUCCGCACGGGCAGCCCCACCAGCCUCCCACCCUUCUCAAGACCCCGCACCCCCACCCCCACCCCGCCCGCAUCCACAGGCCCCUACCCGCGAGUCCUCAUUCCCCGCCCCUGUCUCCCCCACACCGGUUCUUCUCACCCCCAGCCUCCGGUCUCCAUUCUGCCCCCUUCUCCCUCCCUCUCCUCCCCCCACCCCGUGUCUGCCCCCACUCCUGUCCUCCCCGCCCUCCCCUUGCCCAUCUUGGAGCCCCCACCCAGCCCGGGGUGCACAGUCCGGCGCGCCUCCCUGGAGCAGCACCAAGGUCCCGGGGCUCCAAGGGGGUGGGGGCGCAGGGCGGGGAGCAUGGGGAGGGGGCGCCCCGUGUGAUGGGAGGGGGGCGCAAGCGGAGGCGGAGGAGGCGGCGGCGACAGCCAAGCUCAGUGGGGUCCGGGGGCUGGGGGCAGCGAGCAGGGCGGCCCCAUGGCCGGGCCCCCCUGAGGCAGUCCGGGGGAGUCCCCUCCCCUCCCCAGCUCGGGGGUCUCGGGGCCCCAUGAGCCGGGGCGCGGGCGCGCUGCAGCGCCGGACAACGACCUACCUCAUCUCGCUGACCCUGGUCAAGCUCGAGUCGGUGCCGCCGCCGCCGCCUUCUCCGUCUGCAGUCGCGGCCGGAGCCUCCGGGGCCAGAGGCUCGGAGCCCGGGGAUCCUGGCAGCCCCCGAGGCGCGGAGGAGCCGGGCAAGAAGCGGCACGAGCGGCUUUUCCACCGGCAGGAUGCGCUGUGGAUCAGCACGAGCAGCGCUGGCGCAGGGGGCGCGGAGCCCCCCGCCCUGUGCCCGGCCCCGGCCAGUCCGGCUCGCCCCAUCUCCCCGGUUCCCGGCCGCCGCCUUUCCCUCUGGGCCGCCCCUCCGGGACCUCCACUCUCCGGGGGACUGAGCCCGGAUCCCAAACCCGGGGGCGCGCCCACCUCCUCCCGGCGCCCACUACUCAGCAGCCCAAGCUGGGGGGGCCCAGAACCCGAAGGCCGGGCAGGCGGCGUCCCCGGCUCCUCCUCCCCACACCCUGGCACCGGGAGCCGGAGGCUAAAGGUAGCGCCUCCUCCGCCGGCGCCCAAGCCAUGCAAGACCGUGACCACGACUGGAUCCAAGGCCGGGGGAAGCAAGGGCGCAGGAAGCCGCCUGUCAUGGCCCGAGAGCGAGGCCAAGCCCAGGGUCAGGGGAGCCAAGAGCAGCGCCGGGACUGGAGCUCCGGCCGCCGCGGCCACCACCACCGCCGCCUCAGCCGCUGGCGGAGGCAACACUGCAGCCACGACCUCUGGUGGGGUCGGGGCUGGGGCUGGAGCCCGAGGAAAGCUAUCCCCUCGGAAAGGCAAGAGUAAGACCUUGGACAACAGUGACUUGCACCCGGGACCAGCGGCCGGCUCUCCUCCGCUAGCCGUGCCAGCAACCCCGGCACCAGCCAUCGCUGCUGUACCGGCUGCCUCCACGCAGUCCCCCGGGGCUGCACCUCCUAUCACCCUGGAGCCUCCAGCACCGGGGCUGAAAAGGGGCCGGGAGGGUGGCCGAGCGUCCACUCGUGACCGCAAGAUGCUCAAGUUUAUCAGCGGUAUCUUCACCAAGAGCACAGGGGGACCUCCCGGCUCUGCGCCCCUUCCCGGCCCCCCAGGCCUGUCUUCUGGCAGCGGGUCCAGGGAGCUGCUGGGCACAGAGCUCCGUGCUUCCCCUAAGGCUGUGGUCAACAGCCAGGAAUGGACCUUGAGCCGCUCUAUUCCUGAACUGCGCCUGGGUGUGCUGGGUGACGUCAGGAGUGGGAAGUCAUCACUCAUCCACCGAUUCCUUACUGGCUCUUACCAAGUGCUGGAGAAAACAGAGAGUGAGCAAUACAAGAAGGAAAUGUUGGUGGAUGGACAGACUCACCUGGUGCUGAUCCGAGAGGAAGCCGGAGCACCUGAUGCCAAGUUCUCAGGCUGGGCUGAUGCCGUGAUCUUCGUCUUCAGCCUGGAGGAUGAGAAGAGUUUCCAGGCCGUGAGCCGGCUCCAUGGGCAGCUGAGCUCCCUGCGGGGGGAAGGACGAGGAGGCCUGGCCCUGGCCCUGGUGGGGACACAAGACAGGAUCAGUGCUGCCUCCCCUCGGGUGGUGGGCGAUGCACGUGCCAGGGCUCUGUGCUCAGACAUGAAGCGCUGCAGCUACUAUGAGACUUGUGCCACCUAUGGGCUCAACGUGGAUCGGGUCUUCCAGGAAGUGGCCCAGAAGGUGGUGACCUUGCGCAAACAGCAACAGCUUCUGGCCGCCUGCAAGUCCCUGCCCAGCUCCCCCAGCCACUCAGCCGCUUCCACCCCUGUAGCAGGACAGGCUAGUAACGGCGGCCACACUAGUGACUACUCUUCUUCCCUCCCAUCUUCACCCAACGUGGGCCACCGGGAGCUCCGAGCAGAGGCGGCUGCUGUGGCUGGCCUGAGCACCCCAGGUUCCCUGCACCGGGCAGCCAAGCGAAGAACCAGCCUUUUUGCGAAUCGCCGUGGCAGUGACUCUGAGAAGCGGAGCUUGGACAGUCGGGGGGAGAUCACAGGGAGUGGGCGAGCCAUCCCUAUCAAGCAGAGCUUCCUGCUGAAGCGAAGCGGCAAUUCCUUGAACAAAGAAUGGAAGAAGAAAUAUGUGACCUUGUCCAGUAAUGGCUUCCUGCUCUACCAUCCCAGCAUUAACGAUUACAUCCACAGCACCCAUGGCAAGGAGAUGGACUUGCUGCGAACAACUGUCAAGGUCCCGGGCAAGCGGCCCCCAAGAGCCAUCUCUGCUUUCGGCCCUUCAGCCAGCAUCAACGGGUUGGUCAAGGACAUGAGCACUGUGCAGAUGGGUGAAGGCCCUGAAAUCACCACUCCCAUGCCAAGCCCCAGCCCCAGCCCCAGCUCCCUGCAGCCACCGCCAGACCAGACUUCCAAGCACCUACUUAAGCCAGAUCGGAAUCUGGCCCGAGCCCUCAGCACUGACUGUACCCCAUCUGGAGACCUGAGCCCCCUGAGUCGGGAACCCCCUCCUUCUCCUAUGGUGAAGAAGCAGAGGAGGAAAAAGCUGACAACACCAUCAAAGACUGAAGGCUCAGCUGUGCAGGCUGAAGAGGAAAACUUUGAGUUCCUGAUCGUGUCCAGCACGGGUCAGACCUGGCACUUUGAGGCAGCCAGUUUUGAGGAGCGUGAUGCUUGGGUCCAGGCCAUUGAGAGUCAGAUCCUGGCCAGUCUGCAGUGCUGUGAGAGCAGCAAGGUCAAGCUGCGCACAGACAGCCAAAGUGAAGCCGUAGCCAUCCAGGCCAUCCGGAACGCCAAGGGCAACUCCACCUGCGUGGAUUGCGGGGCGCCCAAUCCCACGUGGGCCAGCUUGAACCUGGGCGCCCUCAUCUGCAUAGAAUGCUCUGGCAUCCACCGCAAUCUGGGCACACACCUGUCUCGCGUCCGCUCGCUCGACUUAGACGACUGGCCGCGGGAGCUGACCCUGGUGCUGACGGCCAUAGGCAACGACACGGCCAACAGCGUGUGGGAGAGCGACACGCGGGGCCGCGCCAAGCCCACGCGGGACUCUUCGCGGGAGGAGCGCGAGUCGUGGAUUCGGGCCAAAUACGAGCAGCUGCUGUUCCUGGCGCCGCUGGGCAGCCCAGAGGAGCCGCUGGGCCGCCAACUGUGGGCCGCCGUGCAGGCCCAGGACGUGGCCGCCGUGCUCCUGCUUCUCGCCCACGCGCGGCACGGGCCGCUGGACACCAGCGCGGAGGACCCCCAACUUCGCUCCCCGCUCCACCUGGCGGCCGAGCUGGCGCACGUGGUCAUCACGCAGCUGCUGCUGUGGUACGGCGCGGACGUGGCCGCCCGCGACGCGCAGGGCCGCACGGCGCUAUUCUACGCUCGCCAGGCCGGCAGCCAGCUGUGUGCAGACAUCCUCCUGCAGCACGGUUGCCCCGGCGAGGGGGGCAGCGCGGCCACCACGCCCAGCGCAGCCACCACUCCCAGCCUCGCCGCCACGCCCAGUCCCCGACGGCGGAGCAGCGCCGCCAGUGUGGGCCGCGUGGACGCCCCGGUCGCGCUGGUAUAGUUGCCCGGCGGGAGAGACCUUUCCUCACCUCCCAGGCGGGCCGGGCACGACCACACCGGGUGGACCGAUGGAUUAAUUCACCCUCUCACCUCUCCCUUCAGUCCCCCCCCCCCAUCUUGGGAGCACUUCCUACCCCCUACACGAAGGCACGGCCCCCACGCCUCCCGGAAGACACAAACUCACCCCCUCUCCCCACCGAGGCAUGGAGUCACUCCCUUCCCCUACUUCACAUGGUCCCCUUCCCCGUCCACGGCUCCCACCCUCGGAUUGCUCUGGGUCUACCCCCAUCUCCGUGCAGUGUUUGCAGAAGGGGACGCCCCCUCAGCGUCCGGGGCUCUCUGGUGGCCCAGUCGGGCCCGCGCGCGCGCCUCCUCGCAGCGGCCUGGCUCCGCGACCCACUCCGCGGCGGCAGCCCAUUCCCAGGCUGGCUCCUGGGGCGAUGCCACACCACAGGGAGGGGUUGGCCUUGGGACUUGGGCCACUACGGGGACCCCGCCCCUUCUACGCUGAUCUCACUGCCCAGUGGGGGAGGGAAGGGCAGCGAGGGGCAGGACCUCUACUGUCCAUGGAGGUGGUGAUGGGGGUCCCAACCCUUUCUGUGAAAGGGACCAUGAGGAAUGGGUAUCAGAACGCCCCCUGCCCCUAUGCACACGCACGCCCGCCCACCCAGGGAUGGAAGCUAAAGACAGGGGGCGAGCCAAGAGCCCGGGUGACUCCUCGCUGCUACCUUGGGAGGGAGAAAGGAUAAAGCAGGAGCAGGCCUAAGGGGGCUGGGGCGGGGCCUUGUAACUUAUUGCUCUGUUCCCCAACUUGGGGCUGGGGGCGGGCAGGGGCGUGGGAGGGUCGGGGAAGCCGAGGGGACAAGGGUGGGGUGGGGUGGGGUGCUCUCGGGUUGUGAGUGUCUGUGACUGUGACUGCGUCCCUGUGACUGUGCAGCACCCGUAGUGAUCUGGGGUAGGGGGCACCCUGACAGUGGGACCCCUCCCCCAUUAUUCUUGUCCAACCCCUCCCUCCCACUGGAGCAGCUCCAGACUCACCCAUCCUUCAAUCACAUGAUCCCUCCCAGCCAGGGCUGCAAGGGGGUAGUGGUGGCAGGCGGCUGGCAGGGUUUCCAAGCUCCUUGCUCUGUUCCCAGAGAGGCAGUUGUCCGUGGACUUGGCCUGGCCUUAGCGCCCGCCUGCCUCAAUCAACCCAGCCCUUGGCGGUGUGUGUCAGUGGUUUCCAGUCUUUUUCUUUCUUUCCUUUUUUUUUUUUUCUGGCUAAAAUAUUUUGCAAAGGACCAGGUAAUUGGGGAUGGGACCCGGGUGGGGGUGGGGGGCAUGCCCCCCUUUAUCUCCUCGGAAGCAGGCGGUGUGAAUCUUCUUCAACAGCAAUUAAAGAGAAAGUGAUUUUGUCUA